UAAAAAUACUAAAUAUAUCCUUUAUUAUUCUCCACUCUCAAAUUUACUUAAAUAUAAUAAAUAAAGAUUAAAGUGAUUAGUAUGGUGCUAACCCCUCAUGGAGUUAGCAACGUAGCUUGUCCCCACUUUCUCCAUCCUUCCCUGAGUUAAGCAAACCCAGAGCCAGAGCAGGGGAGUUCAAAAUCAAGAGCACAAAAAUGUCGAAUCUUUUCAGCGAAAUCCAUAUCCCAAACCAGAAGCUGCUACACAAUUCCCCGCCGUUCCCGGCCAUCCUGUCUCCGGCCGCAACAUGGUCGCCCACCCUCUUAGACUUCACUUCCGCCAUCGAAUCCCAAAAGCCGCCGUGGAGGCGUUUGGGUUCCCGGAAUACCCUUACGUCGGCGGCGCCGCCUCCCGGACGAAAGUCGUCGGUCUCCACCGCGAAUGAGUCGCCGCCCGACCAGAAGAUUCCCUUCCACCACGAGCUGGCUCAUGUUCCAGAGUUCCCGACAAAGUUGUUCUUCUUUUGCGAAGUGGAGCCAGCGAGUGGCGGCGAGACACCAAUGGUUCUGAGCCACGUGGUAUACGAAAGGAUGAAGGAGAAGUACCCUGAAUUUGUGGGGAGGCUGGAAGAUGAAGGAUUGCUCGCGAACAGAGUGCUGACCGAAGAAGACGACCCUUCUUCCGCCAUUGGUCGAGGCUGGAAAUCAACGUUUUCCACCCAUGACAAGCAUGUUGCUAGUGAAAGGGCAUCAAAGCUUGGAAUGAAGCUGGAGUGGAUCGGAGAUGGAUCAAUGGUGAGAACAGUAAUUGGCCCGAACCCGGCGAUCAAGCACGAUCGCUCGAGGAAUCGUAAGGUUUGGUUUAAUGGGAUGGUGGCGGGUUAUACAGCUUUUGGCGACAAACGAAAUGAUCCGACGAAGUCUGUCGCCUUUGGGAAUGGCGACCCUUUGCCUAGCGAUGUAGUCUAUGGUUGUUUACGGAUCAUGGAAGAAGAAAGCGUGGCAAUUCCUUGGCAGAAAGGAGAUGUCCUCUUGAUAGACAAUUGGGCAGUUCUUCAUGCUAGAAAGCUUUUCACUCCACCACGUCGGAUUUUGGCUGCACUCUGCAAGUAGUGAAAUGUAUUUAAUUACUUCGAUCAUGUUUUUUUGUAUCGAUUUGCAGCCUUAAUUGUUCGUGUGGAUUCCUUGUGAUUUCCUCUACUUUUAUAUAUGAAUUUAUGAUAUUGGCAUGUGGUGAAUUAUUUCCUAAAAUUUUGUGCGGUUUAUUAAGGAUUAAUACAAUAAUAUAGUCAUAUUUUUUAGUUUAUUAUAAAAAAUGUCAAAUGAAAUACGAAAAAUUAA